UGGGUUUGAAUAGCGUCCUACCAGAUUAUUUUGAGGUCUGCCCAUCACAGCUGCUGUUUUUGCUUGGGCAGGCACUCGGCGCCUUUCUUCACUCUUCUUCUGUCUACUUUUCUGCUGCUGCUGUGACUAUAAGAAUGGAGAACUGUAGCCAGCCUGCAGAGGUACAGACCCUUAACAGCAUCCCCACUGUGGAUGUUGCCCCUGACCUUACUGAGGACCUGAAUAAGCAAUUAGAGGACAUCAUCAGUUUUUAUCAGGCAGCUGAGAAGCCAGCUGAGAAUGAGGAGCUGGAGGAAGAGGCAGUCACAGACAUAAAAGACUCUGGAAAGGCCAAGGACCCCAGGCUAGAAAAGAAAAUGCUGAAAGGCCUUGGGAAGGAGGCCAUGCUUCUCAUGCAAAGCCUGAACAAGCUUGGUAAUCCUGAGCAAAAACUGGAAGCUCUUAUAAAGAAGCAUGCACAGCUGCUGGAAGAGUACCGCUCAGAUCAGAAGCAGUUAAAGAUGCUACAGAAGAAAUUGCUGCAGGUGAUGAAGGAGAAAGAUCAGCUUCAGAGUGAGCACAGUAGAGCAGUGCUGGCCCGGAGUAAACUUGAGGGUCUUUGCAGAGAGCUGCAGAGACAUAACAAGACACUUAAGGAGGAGACACUUCAGCGAUGCCGUGAGGAUGACCUGAAGAGGAAGGAGAUCACUACUCACUUUCAAAACACACUUACAGACAUCCAGGCCCAGAUCGAGGAGCACAGCAACCGCAACAACAAACUGUGCCAGGAGAACAGCGACCUGGCUGAGAAACUCAAAGGCCUCAUUGCCAAAUAUGACCAGCGAGAGGCGAAUCUUGAGAAAGUGUUCAAGCAUAGAGACCUACAGCAGAAGUUGUUGGAGACCAAACUUGCUCAGGCAAAAGCACUGCUGAAAGAUGCUGAAGAGAAGCACAAGCUGGAGAGAGCGCAUUUACUAAAGCAAACUGCUGAAGCCAAACUACAAGUGACACUUAUGAAAGAGCAUGAAACUGACAUGAAGGGCCAGCUUGCUGUGUAUUCCGAGAAAUUUGAUGAAUUCAAAGGAGCUGUGUCACAGAGCAGUGGGGUUUAUGCCAGCUUCAAACAAGACAUAGAUAAAAUGGCAAAAAAGAUGAAAAAGCUAGAAAAGGAGGCCAGUUCAUGGAAAUCACGAUUUGAUGGCUGUAAUAAAACUCUUAUUGAAAUGGUUGCAGAUAAAGCAGUGAAGGAGAAAGAGUUUGAGCUUUUCACUUUAAAGACACAAAAGCUGGAGAAUCUCUGCAGAGCACUUCAGGAAGAGAGAAGGAGCCUCUAUCAGAAGCUACAGGAAAGCCAACCACCCGGAGCUGCAGAAGACACAGCAACAAAAGUGGAGAUAGCAGAAGAAAUAAAAGUCAUCAAUCAGGAAGCGAAGACCCAUGAAGAAGUACUCAGUGAGCCCACAACUGCUGCAACACCUCUUACUAAAGAGAUAGAGAAACUGAAGGCGGAAAAGUCCAGACUUGAAGAGGUUGCAGCAACAUUUACAAUAUCUCAUAUCUGUGAGCAGGCAGUUCUCCCUGCAGAAGCUAUUGAGGUUUCAGAACACUCUGAGAGCUUACAGGUGUCCCAAGAAACUGCAGAGAACACCACUGACUUGGAGUUUCAUCUCGAAGAAGAGAUUACCCCAUCCACAGAAACACUGUCUGAUAAAAAUCAAGAGAUUAGAGACAAAGAAAUGGAGACCGUUGAUUAAACUUCUUGACUAAAAAACCUUCAUAUUUUAUUACUCACUAAAGAAGCUGUCAUAAUUUAACAAAUAAACAUGUUGUCCAAGUGACUACAA